AUGGCGGCACCAAAGAUGACCAAGAACCAGAUGCGCCGCGCCAAGAAGAAGGAGCAGAAGAAGGCACAAGCAGAGACCACCACAACGACACCCGCCGACUCGGCCGACGAGAAGCCACAGGAUGCCCCCGAAGCAGAGACCUCGGCCGCCGACCUCGCUGUGAAGGAUGGCCCCAGCGCGAGCGACAUGGACGGACCCGACGGCUUCGAUAUCGACGUCGUUGUCGAGACGAGUGAUCCCGCCUUUGCGGAAUUCGAAGACAUCAUGAAGAGAUUCGGCCGCGUCGCAGAGGACGAGGAGGCGCCAAAAGAGGAGGCCGUCUUCUUCGACCAGGACGACGACAUCCCCAGCGAGGACGAGGAGACGGGCCAGCCGAAGCUGUCCAAGAAGAAGCGCAAGCAGCUCAACAAGCUGUCCGUGGCCGAGCUCAAGGCCCUCGUCAAGAUUCCCGAAAUCGUCGAGUGGCAGGACGUCUCGUCGUCCGACCCGCGCCUGCUCGUCCAGAUCAAGGCCCAGCGCAACGUCGUGCCCGUGCCGCCCCACUGGUCCCUCAAGCGCGAGUACCUGUCGUCCAAGCGCGGCAUCGAAAAGGCCCCCUUCCGCCUGCCCAAGUUCAUCGCCGAGACGGGCAUCACCGAGAUGCGCGACGCCGUGCUCGAGAAGCAGGAGCAGCAGAGCCUCAGCAGAAGCAGCGCGAGCGCCGCUUCGGGCCCCCGCCCUCCCUAUCCCACCCUCAAGAUCCCCGGCCUCAACGCCCCGCCCCCGCCCGGCGGCUCCUGGGGCUUCCACCCCGGCGGCUGGGGCAAGCCCCCCGUCGACGAGUUCAACCGGCCCCUGUACGGCGGCGACAUUUUCGGCCUCGCCGGUCAGCCCGGCGGGCCAGGCGGCCCAGGCGGCCAGCAGCAGCAGCAGCAGCAGCAGCAGCAAGCGCAGCAGGCCGCCCUGCCCCAGGCCGCCGGCGAGCCCGUCGAGAAGACGCUCUGGGGCGAGCUCCAGCCGCGGGACGAAGAGUCAGAAGAGGAGGACGAGUCGGAAGACGAGUCGGACGAGGACGACGAGGCCGACGAGGCCGGUGACGACACGGCCGCGGCCGGUCUCGAGACGCCCGCGGGCCUCGCCUCGAGCGUGCCGACCGACUACGCCGGCCCGGGCAUCGAGACGUCCGUCGCCGGCGAGAUGGACCUCCGCAAGGCGCGCCGCGGCUUCGACACGGAGGAGAGCACGCACCCACGCGCCGCCUACCAGGUCAUCCCCGAGCGGCAGCAGCGCACCGAGGGCUUCUUCGGCAGCGACCGCGUCUACGACCUGCAGCAGCAGCACGGCGGCGUGCCCGUGCUCGGCCAGGACGACGACAGCGGCCGCAAGCGCAAGAAGCCCGGCGACAUUGACGUCGCCCUCGACCCCGACAGCCUGCAGAGCCACGACGGCAUCUCCAAGGACGAGCUGCGGCGCCGCUUCGAAGAGGGCAAGAAGGAGGACGGCAUCGGCGCCAAGUGGGCCUACGAGGAGGACUUGUCCGAGAUGAUCGCCCAGGAGUCGAGGAAGAGGCAAAAGGUCGACGAGAAGCGCACCGACAAGAAGAAGGAGAGCAAGUACAGGUUCUAA